GAAUCUGGGAGCAAGAGACAGAUCAGAUCCCGGCGGCAUCCUCCCCAGGUUCCAGAACUGCUGACGUGGCUCUCCUCCUCCUCCUCCUCUCGCCUCUCCCACCACCGCCUCGCCUGCCACACCGCCGGCGACCGUCGGUCCCUCCCCCACCCGCCGCCGCCGUGAUGGCCCAAUGAGGUGUAUGUGAGCCGCGUUGAUCUGGCUUCUGCGCGAGUGUGAAAUGGUGGAUUUCCCGGAAGGGUUGCGACGGCUCGCUGGUCUGCUCCUCAAGUGCUGCGAUCUUGACAUACCCAAUCGCCCCAAGGGCCUCGAGGAUCCUGAGCGGCUCGCAAGGGACACAGUUUUUAGCGUAAAUGAGAUCGAGGCGUUGUACGAGCUCUUCAAGAAGAUUAGCAGUGCUGUGGUUGAUGAUGGCGUGAUUAAUAAGGAAGAAUUCCAACUAGCGCUGUUUAAGACUAACAGGAAAGAUAGCAUGUUUGCUGACCGGGUGUUUGAUUUGUUCGACACGAAGCACAAUGGGAUUCUCGAAUUCGAGGAAUUUGUGCGAGCUCUUUCUGUGUUCCAUCCUAAUGCACCAGUUGAUGACAAAAUUGAUUUUGCUUUCAAACUGUAUGAUCUCAAACAACAAGGUUUUAUUGAGAAGCAAGAGGUAAAGCAAAUGGUGGUUGCCACACUUGCUGAAUCAGGGAUGAACCUUUCAGAUGACGUUAUAGAAGGCAUUAUCGACAAGACAUUUGAGGAAGCAGAUACAAAGCAUGAUGGUAAAAUAGACAAGGAGGAAUGGCGCAAUCUUGUCUUGAGGCAUCCAUCUUUGCUGAAGAAUAUGACACUCCCAUAUCUCAGGGAUAUUACCACUACAUUUCCAAGCUUUGUCUUCAACUCUCAGGUGGAGGAUGCCUGAGAUCUCAGUUUCUAUGUUACUACUGAAGCUUGUGGGGAGUACAGCAGACCAGAUCCUAGGUGGAACUUGUGUGUUUUUAUUUGUUUAUUCCCUUUCGGCCACAUCCUCCUUCUGCUUGGAACCAUUCUUGUAGUUUUUGCGCUUCUUCAAAAUGUGAAUUCUCAGUAAUCUCGUGAUGGUUCUUCUUUUGUAUAUACCUGAGAGUAUAAUCUAGCAUGAACUGUUCCUUGUU